AUGGUACGGGUUACUCCGGUUCUUGCUCGUAUUCCCGUAAUAAAGUUUCGUAAGGGUGGGUUAAGUGGGGCUUCAAGACCCGCCGCUGCAGCUCCAUCAGUGUCAAGCGGUCCACCAGCUGCACCCACAGCAGCUGCAGCCGCGUCAUCUCAUGUGCAGUCAACAGCAGCUAUGAGUACAUCAGCCGUGCCAGACAUAGAUCUGCCUCUCCGCUACAGAAGGCAACCUCUAUCCGAUGAAGAAAUUGCUCACAUCAACGGCGGAGGAAUUGUUUAG